GCCCGUCCUGGCACUCCCAUUGGCCUGUAGAUUCACCGCCCCUGGGCAGGGCCCCAGGAUCCAGGAUAAUAGCUGUGCCUCCUGCCCAGAACCCUCCAGGUAGAAACAAUUCUAAGAAUGGUGCCUGUCCUGCUGUCUUUGCUGCUCCUUCUGGGUCCUGCUGUCCCCCAGGAGACCCAAGAUGGUCGUUACUCUCUGACCUAUGUCUACACGGGGCUGUCCAAGCCUGUUGGAGACAUCCCCAAGUUUCAGGCCUUUGGCUUCCUCAAUGACCUUUCCUUCUUUGAGUACGACAGUGAAGACAGGAGGUCUCGGCCCCUAGGACCCUGGAGACAGGUGGAAGGAAUGGAGGAUUGGGAGCAGGACAGCCAACUUCAGAAAGCCAGGGAGGACAUCUUUAUGCAGACCCUGAACGACAUCACGGAGUAUUACAACGACAGUAACGGGUCCCACACUUUGCAGGGACGGUUCGGUUGUGAGAUCCAGAAUAACAGAAGCACUGGAGCAUUCUGGGAGUAUACCUAUGAUGAAAGGGGCUACAUUAAAUUUGACAAAGAAAUCCCAGCCUGGAUCCCCUUGGACCCAGCAGCCCACAUCACCAAGCAGAAGUGGGAGGCAGAACCAGACUAUGUGCUGCGGGCCAAGGCUUACCUGGAGAAGGAGUGCCCUGCGACUCUGCGGAAAUACCUGAACUACAGCAAAAGUAUCCUGGACCGGCAAGAUCCUCCCUCUGUGAUGGUCACCAGCCACCAGGCCCAAGGAGAAGACAAGAAACUCAAGUGCCUGGCCUACAGCUUCUACCCACGGGAAAUUGAUAUGCACUGGACUCGGGCCGGCGAGGUGCAGGAGCCUGACUCAGGGGGAGACGUGCUUUACAGUGGAAAUGGCACUUACCAGGCCUGGGUGGUGGUGCAAGUGUCCCCGAAAGACACAGCGCCCUACUCCUGCUAUGUGCAGCACAGCAGCCUGGCCCAGCCCCUGGUGGUGCCCGAGGAUGCCAGUUAGGAAGCAAGGGCUGGAGGCCAUGUGGGGGUCUCAGCCCCGGUAGCCACCCUUCCUGCCUGACGUGGGAGCUGAACCUUAGAAAUCGCCUUCAAUGGAACCUCAAGGCCAGAGGAGUAAUGUGGGGGGACAGGCAGGAGGUGGAUUUGGAGACUGAAGACUGGGAUGCCUGCCCUGAGCUGCCUCGGAUCCCAAAAUCAUCUCACCUUGAGCCCUCCCCCACCCCAUUGUGUAGUCUGUAGAAGCUAAUAAAUAAUCAUCCCUCCUUGCCUAGCAUAA